AAACUAAACGUUUGAAAGUUAAUACAUUGACGUGCUACCAUGAAUUAGAGGACAGGUUCAUGGUAGCACUUCAAUGUAUAAACUUUCAAACGUUUAGUUUUAAAAACAUUGUUGUUCUUCUGUGCAGUCCUAUCUAUUGUGAACUCCGUGGCAAUGAUUGUUUUGCCUGCAUGUAGCCGUUGCUUCUAAUGGAUAGCUCCACAUACCUUUUGUUUGCUGCUUUUCAUGAUUUUCAGUUGAGUUAUGCGUUCUUUUUACCCUUUUUGUUGUCAUGUUCUCUUCUACCAAUAUGUUCACAUCGUACAAAUGAAGCUUUGAGGUUAGCUCUUGGUUAUAAGUUGAAAAAAUUUCAUAGAUAGCGAUAGUUUUGUCCCUAAUUAGGAAACAUAGUGAUAGUUUGUGUAUUUACAAAACGUAGCAACAAUUUGUUUCAAAUUUAGCGGAUAUCUUGUAACUGCACGCAAGUGAAAUACACUGUAUCUGCGCGCUUACAAUAUCUCUGCCUAACUGAAAAUCGCGCGGAUACUAGAUCAACUUAAAUACAAUUUAAUACUCUUUACAGUCAUCCCAAAAAUGUCACACAUACAACUUACAAGCAUGCAACAAUACACUUUACAUUCAUACAGCAUACACUUGUAUGUCACUAUAUUUCAGUGUAUCACUCUUAAAUUUUAUGAAAGCUGGUCGUUAUGCAACUGCUUGAUUGUCUUCUAUUUUAGUGGAUAUCCUUUGAAGAAGGCAGAAGCAUAUGCUUCAUUAAGAAAGUCCCAAGACCAAGAAGAUCUGAUGCUGUUGAGUGGUGAAGCUCCAAGGCCUUUCCUUGUGAAUGAAUUGGAGCCACAGUACCUUCUUCAUGAUUGGAGGAAAGUAUACGAGUGUCUUGCAAUGUUUGGAAUCCCUGUUCCAAGGUAUGGUUGCGUUCACAGAGAAGUACCUUGCUGGCAUUUGGAUUAUUUUGUUGAAGAAGUGGACUUUGUUGAAGUCAUGGGAACCGCUUUUGGAAACCUUGUGGAAAUGCCUACUGUUGAUGGAUGGGAAAGAUCAAUCUCUUAUUUGCUUUUAUGUAGCCGAUGCCACGCCUCUCUACCUGCACGAGGUAGUCAUAAGGUUUGCGUACAUUCUACCCUCUCCAAACCUUACUUGUGGGAUUUCACUGGGUAUGUUGUUGUAGUUGAUGCCACCGAAUAAUUAUUUACUAUCCUAGUUCCGAUGGCAGCCGGGGAAUAAAGGAAUUGUUUCGAAUGCACAAUACCUAAUGACCUUACUAAACUUGGGCGUUUUCUUUAGAUCCCCUAUACUAUCAGUAGUGUAGGUGGUAAAGGCUACCAAAAAGACUACUGAUAGUUUGGGAAGUAUUGGAAGAAAACAUGUCAAGUUUAGGAAGGAUCUGAAGAAACUGCAUCAUAUAAUUUAUACCCAUGAAGUUUAGUCUGUAAAGAUGCUGUCCCCCUCUUAUUUCUUUGUUCAAAACACAUGGUUUUCUCUUCAAGCCAGAAGUUGUGACUAUAUAUAAAUCCUUCUUUACUUCAA